AUGAGUAGAAUGCCUCUUCCCUGGCUUUGGUCGUUCCUAUUCUUCUUAAUGCUUUUCAUUCUGGGAAUUAGUUCUCAAUUUGGAUUAGCCGAAGUUAUGAUUACAGCCAUUUAUGACCAAUUCCCUGCUGUUCGUCUUUAUAGGGGUUGGCUGGCUGUUGGGGUUUGUGGAUCUCUUUUCUUAGUCGGACUAAUUAUGUGUACAAGGGUAAGCUUUUAUUUUACUUUUCAGUAUCUGUGUACACAUAAAAAUAGAUAUUAUAAAAUUUAUUAG